AUGUAUAUACACAAUUUGAAUAAAAAUUCUCGAGUAGCUCAUGGAAUUUGUGUACAUGAUCACUCUGUUGAGUUCCGAGCGGGUGACUCAGCUAUAGCUGCGGUUGCUUGGAUGAUCAUAUUUGGCGAUGGAUUCCACAACUUCAUCGACGGAAUCUCGAUUGGAGCGUCAUUCGCGGAAUCGCUACAUGCCGGGCUCUCUGUCUCGCUUGCAGUGCUAGCUGAGGAAUUCCCGCAUGAGCUUGGUGAUGUUGCUAUUCUUGUGGCUUCUGGUAUGACUUUACGUCAAGCUCUUCUCUAUAACCUGCUUAGUGCGAUCACCUGCUAUGUCGGAUUUUUUAUUGGCGUCGGUAUUGGCGAACUCGGUCCGGAUGUCUCCAAAUACGCAUUUGCUCUUGCUGGUGGAAUGUUCCUUUACAUCUCCCUCGGCUGCAUGAUGCCCGAAAUGAAAAAAGCAAUGGAGGAUGCUUUAAACAUAUCUAUGAAGCGCGGUCUUUACGUCCUUUUCCUACAGUCUAUUGGUUUGUUCAUGGGUCUAUUCCUAAUGUACUUCAUGGCAAGGUAUGGCGACGAGAUCUCGGUCUAG